AUGCUGUACCAAUACACGGACGAGCGGUUGGAAAUGCUGCGCGCGUUGAUUGAAGGAAAUGAGGACGUGCUCGUCUCCGAAGAGUCUUCAGCGAUCCUCACGAAUACGUCACUCUCGGUCAUCUACCAGAAGGCAGCCGCCCAUACGACACAGCAAGGCCCAAUGUCAGCGAUCCCUGGCCUCGACGCCGCCGCCCUCGCCUCGGCCAUCAGCUCAUUCGACAACUUCUUGGCCCACGCUGACCGCUUCCGCCUGGACCUGAUUGCGCGUGUCAGCAGCACGAGAAUUCGGGAAUCCAUCGCCCAACGAACCGCGGAAAAUGUUGUGGCCGCCUAUUCGGUGAUCGUUCGCAAAAUCGAGGACCCUGCCAACGGAUACGGCGAACUACCCCACAAAACCCCCGAGGAAGUGAAAGAACUCUUGAAA